CCACUAUAUAGCGUCAUACACUACACCGUAUCCGCCGCCGCCGCCGCCAGCGUACGAACAGAAACGGCGAGAGACCCCGUACGGCCGUACUGCGCGUACCCCGUUGAGCCGCCGCGUCAGUAACAGCGAGCGAGCGUGCGCAUGUCCUCUCGCGCGCGUCCAGAUGUCCUACAAACAACAAACGAGUAUUACGGUCGGGAAACUCGAAGCACUGCUAACUAUGAAAUGAUAUUAUAAUUAUUUUACAAACUACGACGUGCGGUAAAUACGAAAACGCAGCUAAACCUACAAUAAGACUUCGUUUCGAUACUCCGUCGUCCUUUGUCGAUCGCGCGCGAAAAAUCGUUGGGGCUGCAUCGCGUAACGGCUUUAGGGCGCUCGCUUUGAUAAGUAUUCGACCUUUGCGUCUUUUUCAGUCGGUUGAUAGUGUGUCGUACGCCGCCGCCGUCGCCGUUUGUACGCGGUGGACGCCGACGACGACGACGAUUGUGAACGGACCUUCCGGUUCGUCGCCGCCGCCGAGCGUGUGUGUUUCGAACGACCAACGAGUGUCGGCGCGUGCGUGCGAGCGAGCGACAAUAAUAAUAAUAGUAAUAUCAUUUAAUAUUAUGUGCAAUAAAGCCGCUGCAACUACAACUACGCGGACGGUCGGCGGUGUUGUUGCGGACCAGACCGAUUAUCGUUAUUGCGCAGUUGCGGUGCCGGUCGUCGAAUAACAAGGAGAUCGUUUCGUCAGACGCUUUCGUAAUGGACAUUUGCCCGUCGCCGAAACGUUAAGCUUGAAAAAUGAAGGAAAAAGAGAACACCAGUGUAAGUUUCUCCCAAUGGCAGACAUGGGUUUUGGAAGCAGUAAAUAAAAUUCGUGGCCAAAAGCAGCGACCAUCCUUAGAACGUAUUGUAAAUGCAAUACGUCAGCAUCACCGUUACCCCAUAGGAGACAUUGAAACACAAGUUGAACGAUGUGUGGAAAGUGGUGCUGUGUUGAAAGUGUUCAACAAAGGCCAAAAUACUUAUAUGAACCCUGGUGGCACUGCAAAUCGUAAACUGGUUAUUAAUGCAGAUACUGAUUUAACUAAGAUUGUGGUGAAAGUAGUUGGCCAAUUAGAUGAAGAGGGUUCAUCUUAUAAAAACAUUGAUCGUUACAUUCAACAUGCCUAUUCUAUAGAACUCAAAAAUGAAGCAUGUGACUUGACUUCAUUACUUAAGUCAACAUUGACCAAAGCAGUUGAUAAGGGUUUAUUGGUGUUGGAUGGAAAAUUAUAUAGGUUACCUGUUAGUCCAGAUUCCACAACAUCAUUGAUUGGUACACCAGUCUUAAAAUAUAGUUCUGGAAGAAAAGCACGAUUGCUUAAAGUAGAUUCAAAUGAAAUUGAAACUACCCCCCGUAGAGCGGGAAGAAAAAGAAAAAAGAUAUCAGUUUGUGAUACUAGUUCACUGACUGAUAAUGAAGCUAGUGACAAAGAGUUAAAUAAAGCUUCCAGGAAUAUCUGUGCUGAUUGUUUAGGUACAUCGGCAAGAAACCACUGCGGUGAAGCGGAAUCGUUAAAACAAUGCAGAGGUGGUUGUGGUGUUUCAUUGCAUCCAUCCUGUUUAGCUAUUAAAUGUAGUGGUCCUUUGACUACUCUGUUAGCUCGUGGUUCUCGGUGGUUUUGUCAGGACUGUAGAACAUGCUCAGCAAUACCAUCGUGUUCAGUGACUGAACAUAUGUUUUUAUUAAACUGUGAUACAUGCGAUCGAGGUUAUCAUAUGCAAUGUCUACAACCUCCGGUUGUGGAUAAACCAAAAUCGGCAUGGCGAUGUUCAUUUUGCUUAGAUCAUCACGACACCACCAUUUCUAUGGAGGUAGAACCAUUUGAAGAGCGUAGGGGUAGAAAAAAGUCAAGUCUUAAAAACCAAAGGUCUAGUCGUGGUCGAAGUCAACACUUAAAGAUGCAAGAUCUCAAGCUAGGAACACCAUCCACUUCAAGUUCAAUGAAUCAACGUGAUGUCACGGAAGACGGUAAUGUCUCCUCUCCUGACUCCUCGGCUCCCCCCUCUCCCGUUCCGAUUAGUGGCAGUGUGCGGCGGGACACUGCUAUCUCCAAGGAGAAAGCAAAAUUCUUUAGGCAAAGUGCUGCGUUUAAUGCGCGAGGUGUGAACGGGAGAGGAUCUGGUGUGCCGAAAGUCAAUGCCCCCUUAAACAAGCGCCUUAGUUCUAGCAGCAGUGACAGCUCUAGCAGCUCGAGUUCAAGCUCGAGCAGCCGGAGUCGCAGCAGCAGUUCAAGUAGCACAACCAGUAGCUCUAGUGAUAGUAGUAACAGCUCUAGCAGCAGUAGUAGCAGCAGUGCGCAUGCUUGUUCUCUUUCUGUGCGUCCAAGCCGGCCCAUAUUUCCUCUCCCAAAAUGUCUCGCCGCAAGGAAUGCCGAUUUUAACAAAAGUCCUUCAAAUGUGUCCUCUAAAAGUUGUAAUUCAACAUCUGAGUCUGCUCAAUCCUCUAAAAAGAAUGAACAUCAUUUAAAAAUAAGUGACAAGUUGAAUGAUCCUAGUGGCAUAAAAAAAAUUGAUAAAAUAAAUGAUAAUCAAUCUAAAGUAACCCCUAAAGUAUUAUUAAGAGCACCAAAACUAAUUGCUAAAGUGAAUUGUUCACAGCCUAAAAUUUUUCCACUUUCACAUUCCAAAUCAGAUAGUUCAGAUUCACCUAUUUCUCUGUUCAAACAAUUAUUGAUAGAGAAUUCAGAUAAACCAUGGGGGUUUGCGGCUUUGGCUGCCAAAGCUCCCAUUGAACCUAUAAAACCCGAAGUCUGUAAUAGUAAAAAAGAUAAACCUAUUGCUGGGUUUAUUCAACUGAAAGGUUUAUUUGAUGGGUUAAGUCAUUUCUAUUCAACACCAUUACAAUCUCGUACUCGACCUCGAAAUGAUAAAGAUCCAAAAUUAUCCAGUAAAUCUGACCCAAAAGUCACCUCUGCUGAUAAAAAGCUUAAAAUACCAGACAAACAUCAAUCUCCUAGUUUUUUGGUUAAGUCAGCUGUAUCAUCUAAACUGAUGGAAACUAGAGAAGUAGCAGGAAUAGAGGGUGAUAAAAUGCUUAAUAAUGAUAAAUCCUUAGACAUUUCUCCUUCCGCCUUCCGUGACCAUCUGUCCGUGCCGACGAUACGUCCAGUCACCCGUUCCGUAUUAGAAAAUAUGAGCCGCCUUGUUGCAUCAGACUUACCAUCUGGCGUUUUACAUGAGGAUGUCGAAAUCUAUAAGGAGACAAGAACACGAGCAAUGAAUAGUACAAUUCAAGCUCCCGAGUUCAUUACGUCUAAUCAUCCCGUAAGAUGUCCUGCUGCAAUUCAAUUUGGUAAAUAUGAAGUGGAGACAUGGUUUUCAUCUCCUUUUCCACAAGAGUAUGCUAGACUUCCGAAAUUGUUCCUUUGUGAGUUUUGUUUGAAAUACACUAAGAGUAAAUCGGUUUUGGAAAGACAUAUGCACAACUGUAACUGGAGACACCCGCCAGCUACUGAAAUAUAUCGACGUGGAAAUCUGAGUGUUUUUGAAGUUGAUGGAAACGCCAAUAAAAUUUAUUGCCAAACAUUAUGUCUAUUAGCAAAAUUAUUUUUGGAUCAUAAAACUUUGUACUAUGAUGUUGAGCCUUUCUUAUUUUAUGUUCUGACAAAAAAUGACGGUUUUGGCUGUCAUUUGGUUGGUUACUUUUCAAAAGAAAAACAUUGUCAACAAAAAUAUAAUGUAUCUUGUAUCUUAACUAUGCCUCAGUAUCAAAGACAAGGGUUUGGACGAUUCCUUAUUGAAUUCAGUUAUCUUCUAUCAAAAAUUGAAGGGCAACCAGGAACACCAGAGAAACCUCUUUCCGACUUGGGUCAAGUAUCAUAUCAUGCAUAUUGGAAAGCUGUUAUAUUAGAAUAUUUAGACAAACACAGAGACAGUAACUCUAUUUGUAUUAAUGAUAUUAGCAGUAAAACUGGUUUAAUGAGACAUGAUAUUACAUAUACUUUACAAUCUCUCAACAUGGUCGUUGAAAUUUGUGAAAAAUUGACUAUUUGUAUCGACUGGAACAUCGUAGAUACUCAUUUAAACAGGAAAAAUUCAUCUAAACAAAUUCCUAUUGAACCAGAAUGUUUAAGAUGGACUCCUCUAAUGCCAGCAUCCAAUUUAUUAGUUUCGCCAGAUGACAAAGAUAACCAAGAUUUUGAAGAACCUCUUCCAAUAAAAAUUGAAAUAAUCAAAAGUCCAAUUAAAAAGAAGCGCAUUACAAGAAGAAUGCCAAUGAUAAAGAGACGUAGGAAAAUGGAUAAGAAUAAGCGUAGGUGUUUAUAUGGUGCAGAAAAGAAACCUAAUUCUAUUCAAUCUAUUGAAACCACAAUAAGCCUAGUUGAAGAAGAGCCAACUGUGAAAAAACAUAAAAACGGACGAAUAAUCAACAUAAAAAUAGAAGAAACAAUCGACCAUUCAACUGAUGAAAAGUCUGAGUCAAAAUGUAAAUAUGCUGACAAAUCUACUAAAAAAGAUAAAAUGAUAGAAAAAUCUAAGGAAGAGUGCAUUGAAGAUGUCAAAGUAGAAAUAUCAAAUACUAAAUCUUCAGCCAAAACCAAACAAAGUUCAAUCACAAAUUUCCUUAAGCGUGUAAAUCCAGAUACAAAAGUUACUGUUAUUCCUCAAAAGAAGAAAAGAAAGUUGCCUCGAGGUAGAUCACGUAAAAGACAAAGAUCCAAAAACCAGAAUGACAACACCGAACCUAAAGCCAAGAAAGUUCGAAAGAUUGAACCAGAGUCACUUGAAAUUGAAUCUAUUGAUGAAAAUAUAGAACUACAGCCUGUGAAGAAUGAGAACACUGAUGAACUGGACAAUGGCGAUGAGCUGGACAAUGGUGAUGAACCUGACAAAGGUGGUGAACUGGACAAUGUAGAUGAUCUUAACAGUAAAAAUGUAGAGGAAAAACAGGAAAACAAAGAAAUAUCUGAAAAAUAUGACGAAGGAGAAAAAGAAAAUUUACUCAAAAUCAACGAUCAGAGUCCAGAAAACCUAAUUGAAGAAAAAGAAGAUAAAUAUACAAAGUUUGAAGAAGAAACUCCAAUAGAUGAUAAUAUAGAACAAAUAGAUACUGAUGUAUUGGUUGAAAAAUCAAAAAAUGUCAUAGCUGAAUGUUCAAAAAAGAACACAGAUUUCAAGGCUGAUGAGAUAACUGUUGAAAAUAUAAUUUGUUCUAAGACUAAUGGUGAUAAUAUUGCAAAUUCCCAGGAGGAAGAACUCGAACAACACCAAAAUAAAUUAGAUAGUAAAGUUAAUGCCGUCGAAGUAUUAACUAACAAUGACAUUCUAAAACGUCCUAAUGACAGAGAGUCUUAUAAUGUAGUCGAUAUAUGUAAUGAUGUUCCUAAAAGAAAACUAUCAGAAUCUGAGAAAGAAACUUCUAACAAUGCUGUAGAAUUUACAUGCAACUUAGAGAAGUCUCAAAAAUCUAUUGUGGAUAAUGUAAUAUUAGAAAACCCUAAAGUACAACCUUCUAAUAAUAUUUUGCCUCUGGAUAUAAGGCAAAAUGAAAAUGUGCCAAAUAAUUAUGACAAGACAAAUCUUCUUCAAACUGAAACAAAGCAAUACAAUGACCAAGUUGUUUUAUCUAGUAAAUUUAAAUCUGAUUCUGUGGAGACUGAUAUAAGAAUGUUUAAUAAUCCAGCAGCAUGCAAUAAUUUUCCCAAAAUAGAUAUUACUGUACAGCCUCCAAUGUCUUCUAUCACUGAUAAACAGUACAGUGGUUGUUCGAUGGUUACAAAUGAUUAUUGUAAACCAUUGUCAGAUUCAUCAUUGAUGUCAAAUGUUAAACAGUAUGGUGGUGAACCUUUGCCAAAUGAAUACAUUAAAUCAGGCACAGUAGUACUUCCAAAUCCAAAACAAUAUGGCGAGGCUUUAUUAAAUGAAUAUGGAAAAUUGGACAUGCAUCAGUCAGAUAUAAACAAGCAAAUGUACAAUAAAGAAGAUUCUGUUGAGUAUAUAAAAAACUUGCAAGUUAUCCCAACACCCAUUAAUAGUUCACAAGACGUGUUUAAGGUCGUUGAGCAAUCAAAACCUAAAGUUUCUGAAAAAAAUUAUUCUUCAAUUGUUGCUGACCACACAAUAGUUGUGCCUAAAUACGACAAUGUCAAACAUGAGAAGCAGUCUAAAAGAACUACACCUUCGCCAAAAACUGUGCCAUAUCGUUUGCCCACUGAAGUGCCACAAGUAGAUAAAUCACGAUUACAUGAAUACUUGCCUACAAUGGGGUUUCUCAACUAUCAAAAGAUUAAUAAUUCUAUAGCUAUGGGCCAUCCAGAUAUUUCUAAAACAAAGGACAUGUACGCAGACAAAAAAACUGAUGCUGUUAACAUGAACUUACCCAAAGACAAAGAAGUAAUGAACUUGCCCAAGACUAUGGACAACAGUCUUUUGUAUUCAUCUGUUAUGCAACAAUCACCUUACACAGACCAAUCUAUGAUGCACUUAUCGCUCCAUCAUCAUUUGGCUCAUUCAUCUCAGUAUCAUCACACUCCACCUGUACCUGCUCAGGUACCGCCUCCGGUUCAUCAGACUAAAUCUCGGAAUAAAAAAAGCGAACAAAGGAGAUUGGCUCAACAGAACCAGACGCCUGUUGCACCGUCUACUCAACAACCCACCCCAUCACCAAUACCUAGCCACACACAAUCAUAUCACCAUCACCAUCAAACAGCUACAUACAUGAUGCCACAGCCAUCACCCUCUAGUCCCUAUCAUCAUUCCGUGAUCCAGCACCGAAUGGGUCAACAAGCAGGCUCAUGUUCGUCUGCUGAUUUUUACUUGUCACAUUCUAACCAACACGCAGUUGCUGCAGCUGCACAGAUGGCAUCGUGCAACCUGUCCAAACUUCAACAAAUGACAAAUGGAUUGGAUCACCACCGCAGGCAUAUAUCUUCACCUGCAUCAUCACCAGCCUCUUCCCCUGCCAAUAUGACUCCACCACCUCCUGCUGCAUCUGCAGCCGCCGCACACUUGCUCCAACAGUCUGCGGUUGCUUAUCAUAAAUUGUACCAACAGGCGGGUCAGACCAAUCAGUCACGGCAGUAUGGACAUCAAACACGUGCUUCUUCGGCGACACCAAACGUUGGUCUUAUGACAAUGCAGUAUGGUGCGCCACCUCCUUUUAACGGUUACAGGGUAGCGUCGCAAUCCACUCCACCGCCAUCUGCUGCGAGUUAUAUGAACCAGACACCUGGACAACUACAGUACACGACGCAUACACAAGAUCCACACCAUCAGAAUAGUGUAUACCCCACUUCGGCAUACAACGGCUCGUAUUUACAACCUCUAAACGGGUCCAUGCAUAGAUAAUCUCUUGUUAUAUUAUUAUUUUUAUUAUUAACUUUUUUUUUAUAUUAAUUAUGAUUAAAAGUCUGUUAUUCACCAUAAUUAACAUAAUAUACUUUUAUAUAAAAAUACGAAAAGGAAGAAGAAAAAAAUGUUACCAGUUUGUUAUAUUAAGAUGAAAACUACAACACAAAAUUUCAUUUUAUACCAUAAGAAAAGUGCAUUUUCAACGGGUCGAUUCUUAUCUUUAAGUUAUGUUAGUUCACAAACAGUAUUUUUUUUUUAGUUGUGUAUGCUACGCAUUAUUUUUAUUUUUUUAUUUUUCACAACAAUUUGUAUUUAUUUUAUUAUUAUUUUUUCUUUCUGUUGAUUGUUGAGAUCAAUAUUUAAACAUUACAAUUCAAAAAAAUGUUAAAGGAACGGGUACGUCAAGUUUUUAUUGUACAAAGUUCAAAGAAUUUCCCUAGUCUGUAAGUACAUUUUAAAACACUUGAAAGUCUAGUUUCAGCUUGUUAUUUAUUUUUUUCUACUGUAAUUGUAUAAAAAUAUACAUAACUAAUUUAUUAAAAAUUAA